AUGAUGAUAUGGAGGAUGUGGUUAUUCUUCUCUCUUUCUAGCUCAAUACAUGUUUCCGCUUCUUCUAGUACGCACUUGUGUCGUUCAGACCAGAAGGAUGCUCUCUGGGAGUUGAAGACCGAGUUCUAUGUCCAAGGGAGUAUCGGUGAGGGGUGGAGGAACAACACUGAUUGCUGCUCUUGGUAUGGUGUCUCUUGUGAUCCUAAGACGGGCGUGGUGGUUGAGUUAGACCUCAUUGACAGUUCUGUCAACGGUCCUCUGAGAUCUAAUAGUAGCCUGUUCAGACUAGAACAUCUUCAGAGUCUGAAUCUCAGCUACAAUGAUCUUUCGGGUAUUCUUCCAGAUUCCAUCGGCAAUCUCAAGUAUCUAACGGAUUUGAGUCUUCAAGAUACCAGAUUCGAUGGGCAACUUAAACCGACUAAUAGACUUGGACCUUACGUCGAACAAGCUAAGUGGGAACUUUCCUCCUUUGCUACUCAAUUUGACCACGCUCCAUGGGAUCCAACUUGGUUCUAA